GCACCGCAGCGCACCUGUCCCGCCGGUGGACGCUGCACCGCCCUGCAGUGCUCCGCAUCUGUCCCACCCGCGGACACGGCACCGCACGUCUUUGCUUCUGUCCCGCUGGUGUCACUGCACCGCACCUGCCCCAGCUCCAGCCGGGCGCACCUCGCCGGGGRCCCGUCCCCAUCUGCUUCCUCCUGCUCAGGCCAUCCCGUGCCAGCCCUGCGAGGGCAGSAGCCCCUCUGAUUUUGGGGAAGAUCCUUGGUUCCAAGGGCGAGUUCCUUCCRGUAAAAUGGGGCGCUUCACCGUCUGGGACUAUGUGGUCUUUGCGGCCAUGCUGCUCAUCUCAGCCAUCAUUGGCCUCUACUACGCCUUCGUGGGAGGGGGACAGAAGACAUCGAAGGACUUCCUCAUGGCUGGCCGCAGCAUGAGUGCCCUCCCGGUUGCACUCUCCCUCACUGCCAGCUUCAUGUCAGCCGUCACCGUGCUGGGYACUCCUGCUGAGAUCUAUCGCUAUGGUGCCAUCUUCUGCGUCUUUGCCAUCACCUACGGCCUGGUGGUGCUGUGCAGUGCUGAGAUCUUCUUGCCUGUCUUCUACAAACUGGGCAUUACYAGCACCUAUGAGUAUUUAGAACUUCGAUUUAAUAAAUAUCUUCGCCUCUGUGGAACGGUCCUUUUCAUAAUACAAACGACUUUAUAUACUGGUAUUGUCAUUUAUGCUCCAGCAUUAGCACUAAAUCAAGUCACUGGCUUUGACUUGUGGGGUGCAGUGGUCGCGACUGGCGUGGUAUGCACGUUCUACUGCACACUGGGCGGUCUGAAGGCAGUGGUGUGGACAGACGUUUUCCAGGUUGGAAUCAUGGUUGCUGGAUUUUCAUCUGUGAUUAUACGAGCUGUGGUGGUUCAGGAGGGAAUUGGACGCAUUGUAAAUGAUUCCUAUCAYGGAGGAAGAUUAAACUUCUGGGACUUUGAUCCCAAUCCUUUGCAAAGGCACACCUUCUGGACGAUUGUUAUAGGUGGGACUUUCACAUGGACUGGUAUAUAUGGGGUUAACCAGUCCCAGGUCCAGAGAUACAUUGCAUGCAAAAACAGAUUCCACGCAAAAUUAUCCCUCUACAUCAACUUGGUGGGACUCUGGGCCAUCCUGGUCUGUGCCACUCUGUGUGGGCUGGCCCUCUACUCCAUCUACAAAGACUGCGACCCAUGGACAGCCAACAAGGUGUCAGCACUCGACCAGCUAAUGCCGUACCUAGUGCUGGAUAUCCUGCGUGAUUUUCCAGGAGUGCCAGGGCUUUUUGUGGCUAGUGCCUACAGUGGGACAUUAAGUACGGUGUCCUCCAGCAUCAAUGCUCUGGCUGCUGUAACUGUUGAAGACCUCAUUAAGCCCUACUUCAAAUCGCUCUCUGAAAAGCAGCUGUCACGGAUUUCCAUGGGGAUGAGCCUGUUUUAUGGUGGAGUCUGCAUUGCUAUGGCUGCACUGGCAUCUCUUCUGGGAGCCUUGUUGCAGGCAGCACUCAGCAUUUUUGGUAUGGUUGGUGGCCCCCUUUUAGGACUCUUUGCCUUGGGAAUCCUCUGCUCCUUUGCAAAUGGAAUUGGUGCAUUUGUGGGUCUUCUCAGUGGCUUUGUUAUUUCACUUUGGGUUGGAAUUGGAUCUCAGAUUUAUCCUCCACUUCCAGAGAGGACCAAGCCACUAUAUCUCUCGACUGCAGGCUGUAAUAUAUCCUCAGGAAAUUUAACAUCAACAGAAAUUCCAUUAACAACAGUUUUCAGCACACCGGGUACAGAGAGACCUGCCCUGGCAGACAACUGGUAUUCCUUGUCUUAUCUCUACUUCAGCACACUUGGGACACUUAUCACAAUAGUUGUGGGAAUAAUUAUCAGCCUCCUAACAGGAGGACUGAAGCAGAACACGGAUCGUAAAUUCCUGCUGACCAAGGAAGAUUUCCUGUCCAACUUCUCACGGUCUGAAACUGAGAAACCGGAGAAAGUGGAAGUGUUGAACUGGAAACCAUUUACCAUGGCAGAAGAAGGAACUGACAACCCUGCCUUCAGCCACAUUGAAUUGGAUGUUGCAAGUGAUAAGAACAGAGUCAAUGGUCUUCAUAUAUGACACAAGGCCAUGUCAGCACACAAGGACACUGUUGUUCAUGUAAAGCACUGUUGACAUUCCUGUUCUGGGUCUGUUACCAGCUCUUCUGGGGUCAUGGGCAGGCAUCUGCUGAGCUUUGUCUCAGUAUUGCUUUUGCAUGACCUUGACAUUAGUCAAGAAAGGAAUCAGGUUUUUCUUGCACUUCCUCACUCUCUCGCUCUGGUUCUUGGUGACAGGGCCUAAGGCAAUGUUUCURUGUGAAAURUUUGCCUGAURUUCUUCAGCC